AUGGCUCAAACUGAAAAGUACCGUGCUUCUCAUACUGAAUCCUAUUUGCAAGAACUCAUAGGUCGUCCGUUUAGAGACAUUAAAACUGAAAAAGAACAAUUGAAAAGAAAGGCUGAGACUCUGGAUCAAGAAAAGCUUUCUUAUCUGCAGUCCAAUUAUAAAACACUGGUUGAAUUAGCAGAAAGUCAAGCUGCUACCAAGGCGUUGCUGAGCAAUACUCAGGAAAUUUCGGUGAAUAUUUAUGGUAAAAAAGAUGUGCUGCAUAAUAUCGCCUCUCAAAAUCAAGACUUUUUGUCGUCGAUUUCAGUACAUCAUCAGCAAGCCUUACUUAUGCAUCGGAUGCAGCACCAGGUCUCAAGUAUUCUGAAAAUUCCUGAGUUGAUGGAUUCUUGUAUUCAUAAAGAGUAUUUCUCAGAAGCUUUAGAAUUUCAAGGGCUCGCUUACCGUUUACGAGAUAGGUUUGGUUCAAAUGCAGUCAUACAGGAUUUGGUAUAUCAAGUUGAGACAUUAUCUGAAAAGUUAUCCGCAAAAUUCUUGCUACAGCUUCAAAAGCCCCUAAAGCAAUAUACCCUUAUCAAGAUAGUAACGUAUCUUCGUGUAACUAGCAAGCUUUCUGAGGCGGAAAUCAAAUAUAUUUUUCUCUUUAACGCUUGGCAGCAGCUGCAGACGAGUUUAAAGAACUUAAUUCCCUUGCUGGAUUAUAAUAAUCCAGAACUUUACUUGAAGAGAUAUCUACAAGUCAUUCGUGAUCGUGCUUUCUCUUUGCUAUUCCAAUACCAAAGCGUAUUUUAUGAGUCUACCACCUUGUAUACGGAUCCAGUAAGCUCUACUAUUGACGGUGCUAACCUUCCUUCUAAUGAGACAUCUGCUCUUCCCGGGCUGGAUCGUGAGAGCCUGCAAAGCUUUAGUCAAAACAUCCUUUCUCUUUUUGUGAAUAAAAUAGUGAAAGAGAUUUGUUAUGUUUUGGAAAUUUUUUUUCCUAGAAUUCAUGAAACCACGGCUCGUUCUUCUCUACUCUUACAGUUGUAUUAUUGCAACCAAAGUUUAACUAAAGUGGGAACCGAUAUGACCAUUCAUCUUUAUAAAAUUCUCGGAAAGGAAUGGCUUAAUAUGCUGAUAUCACAAGCUGAAGAGAAACCACUUUAG